GCGAUCGCUCACAAAGACUGCAGGGUUCGUACGUAUUUAGAACUUACACGAAUAAGCCAGCGCGGCGGAGGUUGGGUUUCGGAUCGAUCCUCAAUAGAGGGAAGACAUCGGAAUGCGCCUCGUCACUUAAUUAUCCGUGACAGCUUUGCCUUCUUGUCGCUAUUUCUUUCUUGAAACAUGCGUGAAGCAGUAGAAGUGAUCGCAACUUUGCACCGUAUCUCCCUCUGGAUGUCGUAAGAAGAUUAUACGGAACAUCUGCGGAUAAACGUUUUUGGGCAGAGAUGGGCCUUCCAGCCGACGAGUCCACCCUGCCCUUACUGGAUCCGGUGGGGAAGGCCAUCGGCGCAUCGGUGAGCCUCCUGACCGCGACGCCUAGCCUUCCGAGAGGCGUCGUCGACUCGGCAACACCACCGUCGGAGGGCUCGACUUGCCCCUGGCGGUGUAGCUCCCAACGACCUCGGAGUCAGAGGCGGUGGUGGUGGUAUCUGGUGGCGCCACUGUCGCGACGUGUUUGCGCGACAUGCCGUGGAGCAUCGGCGCUGGCCGUGCCCCUGGUCUCGGCCCUCAACCUGUCCCUAGCCGUGGCCGUGGUGGUCUCCUGCAAGCUCAGCUACGACAGGGCGCGCCUUCCCAACCUGACGCUCACUGUGGUCCACCUGGCCGCCUCGCUGGCCGCGCUCCACACGGCCGCAGUCUUCAGAGUCACGUGGUCUCCGCUGACGCCGUCUUCCGAAGGCCUCGCCCCGAAGGCCUCGUCUUCGACGAGUGCGCCGGUCUCUUCGUUCGAGCACUGGACGCUGGCCUUUCUCCUGUGCGCCUUCAUGGCGCUCCCGAACCUCUCCCUAGAAUUCAACACCGCCGGAACGAGCAUCCUGCUCAGACUACUGUCCCUGCCGGUGACGGCGUGGUUGCAGACCGCGGUGUUCGGCCGCAAGCAGCGCCGGGCGGUCGUCCUGUCCCUGCUUCCCGUUGCCCUCGGUGUGUCGAUGAACGCGCUCGGCGACCUGCGGUUCAACCCCGUGGGACUGGUCUUCGGCGUCGCCGGAGCGGCGGCAGCCGCCUUCUAUUUCACCUUGGCGGCGGAGCAGCAGCGCCGCGUGUGCCUACCGCCGUGGCAACUCCUGGAGGCCCAGCUCCGGCGCGCCCUGCCGGCGCUCGCCCUGGUCGCCGUGCUCCUGGAGCCCCCCUGGCGAGGACCCCGGGGCCUUCUGGCACGUCAGUGGCAUCCGCGCGACGCGGUCCUACUCGUGGGCUCCUCGCUGGCCGGCUGCCUGUUGACCCUAACCAUGCAGUGGCUGCUGGGGCGCACGUCGGCGCUCACCUACCAGGUUCUGGGACACGUCAAGAUGUGCGCCACCCUGAUCGCCUGCGCGAUCGUCUUCGACGAGCGCCUCAAGCCGAUGCAGCAGGCUGGCGUGUUCCUGACCCUGUGCGGCGCCGUCCUGUACACGGCGUUCAAGUCGCGGGACCAACCGGCGUCGCCUGCGUCUCGUUCCUACCACCACCAUCAUCACUGCAACGAGGCUCCCAUUGGCUCGGCGUCGGCGGGCGUCAAGUGACGUCACCGGUGUUGACCAACGACCAGACCUCAGUGUGUACCGAUGGACCCGCUUACGAUACUGACCCGAGCUAUACGUAGCCCGGUCGUUGUUGUAGAUGUACAGACCCUUGUGAAUGUUGUGCAGUGAAAGUGGAUUGUGCGCGUCAACUCACAGCGCCGUUCUUGGACAGCCCG